UAAAGAACCAACGAAAUAUAAAUAUUAACAUGUUAGCAACUAACUAUAAACUAUCACCAGCUAAGAUGCACCACCUCCACAUUCAUCAUCCCCAAGAAUCACUCUCUUCUGAUACCCUAAUCUUCUUCUCUUCCACCUAAAAUCACAUCAUCAAUGACGGAUGCUCCAAGAUCCGACCUGUUUCCUUCUUCUCGGCUCGAUUCCGACGCCGGAGCUCUCUUUGUCCUCCAAUCAAAAGGCGAGUGGUGGCACGCCGGUUUUCAUCUGACGACGGCGAUCGUGGGACCCACGAUAUUGACGUUACCGUACGCUUUCAGGGGGUUGGGAUGGUGGUUAGGGUUUGUGUGCUUGACGACGAUGGGACUCGUCACUUUCUACGCUUACUACCUCAUGUCUAAGGUUCUCGAUCACUGUGAAAAAUCCGGCCGCCGUCACAUCCGAUUCCGGGAACUCGCCGCCGACGUUCUCGGGUCAGGAUGGAUGUUUUAUGUAGUGAUCUUCAUUCAAACAGCUAUCAACACUGGAAUCGGUAUUGGUGCCAUUCUACUCGCAGGCCAAUGUCUUGAUAUAAUGUACUCGAGUCUUUUCCCACAAGGAACCUUGAAGCUCUACGAGUUCAUUGCUAUGGUCACAGCUGUAAUGAUUGUUCUGUCACAGCUCCCAAGUUUUCAUUCUCUUAGACACAUUAACUGUGCGUCUCUUCUUCUCAGCUUAGGCUACACUUUCCUCGUCGUUGGGGCGUGUAUCAACAUAGGCUUGUCUAAACACGCUCCUAAACAUGAGUAUUCACUAGAGCCUUCGGACUCAGGGAGAGUUUUUAGUGCCUUCACAUCGAUUUCAAUCAUUGCUGCUAUUUUCGGAAAUGGAAUUCUACCAGAAAUACAGGCAACUCUUGCUCCACCAGCUACAGGAAAGAUGCUGAAAGGAUUAAUUUUGUGUUAUAGUGUGAUCUUCUUCACGUUUUAUUCGACUGCAAUUUCUGGUUAUUGGGUAUUUGGUAAUAACUCGAGCUCUAAUAUUCUCAAGAACCUAAUGCCUGACGAAGGACCGACUCUGGCUCCUAUAGUCGUCAUUGGCCUAGCGGUCAUCUUUGUUCUUCUUCAGCUUUUCGCCAUUGGCCUCGUUUACUCACAAGUUGCGUAUGAGAUAAUGGAGAAGAAAUCAGCGGAUACAACAAAAGGGAUGUUCUCAAGACGCAACCUGGUGCCGCGUUUGAUACUAAGAACGCUAUAUAUGGCGUUUUGUGGGUUCAUGGCAGCGAUGUUACCCUUCUUUGGGGAUAUAAACGCGGUGGUAGGAGCGUUUGGGUUUAUCCCACUCGAUUUUGUGCUUCCAAUGCUUCUAUACAAUAUGACAUAUAAGCCUACGAAACGGAGCUUCACGUAUUGGAUAAAUAUGACGAUAAUGGUUGUGUUCACUUGUGCGGGACUCAUGGGAGCUUUCUCAUCUGUUAGGAAACUUGUUCUUGAUGCUAAUAAGUUCAAAUUGUUUAGUAGUGAAGUUGUUGAUUAGAGCGAUGCUUAUCAUAUAGUAUAUGGAUAGUACAUAGACGCAUUUUAUGUGUACAUGUUUUCUGGGUGGGGUUUUCUUAUAUAAUCCCUUGAAGGAAGUUUUCGUGUGAUGAUCUUUAGUUAAAAAAUAUUCUUUUAUAAUAUUUAUUCUUUUCAGAUGAUUCUGACAAGAAGAAAGAAU